GCACAAACCCCCAAUCACUGCCAAUCAACACUCGACUACACCACUCAACAUGGCCACACCAUCGUCUUUGCCAUACCACGAACCCUCAAUUACGACAAUAAUCAUACUCUCCGGCUUCCUGAUUCUUCUCAAUGCGAUCAACUAUGGUCUCGACAAGCUUGUUUAUUGCGGCCUCAUCGGUCAAGUCUUCCUCGGUAUAGCCUGGGGCACACCGGGCGCAGGAUGGCUCUCGGAGGAGAUGGAGCACUCAAUCGUACAGCUUGGCUAUCUCGGCCUGAUACUUGUGGUUUAUGAGGGCGGUCUUUCCACAGACUUUCGAUCGCUCAAGGCAAACCUGCUACUGUCCACAGCCGUCGCCAUCACCGGUAUCGCACUCCCGAUGGCCUUUUCCUUUGCGCUCGCCUCGAUGCUCGGCGCGUCGCCUCUGCAAGCAUUCACUGCCGGUGCAGCUUUGUGCUCCACCAGUCUGGGCACCACUUUUACGGUUCUUGGCACCAGUGGGCUGGUGACAACGCGGAUGGGCGUUGUCCUCACUAGCGCCGCCAUGAUGGACGACGUCGUCGGUCUGAUCAUGGUUCAAGUGGUCUCAAACCUGAGUGGCAGUGCCGGCAACUUUGAGCCCGUCACGGUGAUACGGCCGGUUUUUGUUUCCCUGGGACUGACAGUCUUGCUUCCUUUGCUGUGCAGAUUCCUGAUCCGACCAGGGACGCUUCAUCUGAACGCAGCGCGCAUCAAAAGCCCAGGCUCUAGCCUUGAUCGCCUGUUGAGACUGCCGCAGACAUCACUCACCAUACACACAGGCUGUCUCCUGGGACUGGUCAUCGUGGGGACAUAUGCGGGGACAUCCGGGCUGCUUUCCGCGUACGUCGCUGGCGCGUCGAUCAGCUGGUGGGAUUCCGAGGUACCUCAUGUCCCAACGCACACUGCCCAAGAGAAGCAACAUGAACCGCCGACGAAACAAACAAACGAGCCGAAAUCAAACCAAGCGACGGAAUCAGGCGUUCUGGCAGGGCCUCCCGCCUCGGGUCAACGCCAACUGCCAGAUGAGUCCGUUCGCAACAGUGGUACCGAAAUCUACGAGCACUAUUACAGCAAGGCCGUGUCUAUUAUUUUGUCACCCUUUUUCUUUGCUUCAAUCGGUUUCUCUGUUCCCAUUAGUCAGAUGUUCUCGGGUCCCAUAGUGUGGAAAGGUGUAGUGUACACUCUUUUGAUGAUACUAGGUAAGCUGAUCUGCGGCGUCUGGUUGCUGUCUUUUGUGAGUCCCUUGAGAUCUCUUCAGCGCCUGGUCAGGACGCUUUCUCGCUCGGGACACGAGGUUUCAAUCGUGACGCCGGGGGCACAAUGCACGCAAGAUGUGCCUCGCCCAAGCAACGAGCAGGCCGCAUCGGGCACACAACCUACCGACCCAAGCCACAACACCCCUGAACGAGCGGCCAUGGCCGAGACCCAAUCCACCGAUUCGCCCACCAACAACGCAUCUCCAGAUCCUGAAAUGCCAAUCUCUACAUAUCCAGCCUGCAUCCUCGGGUGUGCCAUGGUGGCACGUGGCGAGAUUGGCUUUUUGAUCUCAGCCCUGGCCGAAAGCACCGGCAUCUUCAGCGGACAGGCUGGCGCCCCCGAACGGCCUUCAGAGCUCUUUCUUAUCGUGACCUGGGCAAUCACGCUUUGCACCAUAAUUGGGCCACUUUGUGUUGGUCUCCUUGUGAAUAGAGUAAAAAGGCUGGAGAGGAAGUCAAGAGGGGGAAAACACAACGUGCUUGGGGCGUGGGGCGUCCAGCAAAGCAAAUGCGCCUGACAAGCAUUGUCUCCAUGAUGACUGCAAAAUAGCCAUCUUGGCAUGGUGGUUUAUUCGUGGCGUGUGCUUGUCGCAUGUCAUGAAGUCACAAACGCAUAGAUCUAUGUAGCGUGUAGAAGAAGGUUGACAUACACCUUCCGUAGCUACCAUUUUAUCAUUGUCGCAUCUCCAUGGGGCUCGGGAAAUACUGCUCCCUUGUAAUCUUUGAGUGCUUCCAUAAGCCUAGGGUCCCC